GGAACGAGGCUGCCGUUGCUGACCUUCCGUAUUGAACCUCAUGGUUUCACGCAAAGGACUGCCUUGCCCUCGCGUAGACGUCGCAGUAUGGGAUUAGCAAAGUUUGUUUUGCAAAAUCAAUGGACCUCGACUCAGGACCCUGGCGUACGUAAACUUUGUUUUUAAUCACAUUGCCCACUGAGCCCGCAGCUGUUCCCACAUGCGUCUGCAAGCACAACAACAACAAGAUCAGCACCCGAUAUGGCAACACGCAUACCGAACGCGGGCCCGACUUCUGACGACGCCCGCCAUGCCGGCCGCCCGUCACCUGCGCACGCGUCUGACGCGCCUGAAGCAGCCUCAUCCGCGACGCGUGUAGCCAAACCCUGUCCCCGUCCCCGUCCGACGUCCCCCGUCGCCGCCGCACCGCCCAGACGUACCUUCUUCGACCCCUGGAAUAGCUCCGGUACAGGCCAUCAGCGCGCUGAGAAUCGCCUCGGAGGCUCCACUUCAUGGCGCGCCUCACGGAGCCUCAAGCUGGGCGAGCAGUUCAGGGCUGGCAGGCAGGGUGGCAAGAGAGUCGCGGAUACAGUGGGUGCAGGGAGUGAGGACUUUGGCAAGGAUGGCCGCAAGGACAAUGGCAGCUGGGAGAAGGGCGCGAAAGGUCUGAGGACCGGCGGACAGAAGAGCCUGGCCGAGCUAUGGGCUGCCAGCAAGGCGGGCAGCAGCAGAAAGCCGUCACAGGAGAAGGAUAUCGGCAUUGCGGAUGUCUCUAAACAUGCGCCAGACGUGGGGACAGACUCAGACACGCACCCCCAGAGUGACGUCUCUUCAGCCUCGUCAAAGCUUUCCGAAAAGCAGAUAUUCACCGGCCUCUGUUUCUACCUCAACGGCUCCACCGCCCCUCUAGUCUCAGACCACAAACUCAAGCAACUCUGCGCUGCCCACGGCGCUAGCCACUCGAUAUCUCUCGGCCGCCGAACCGUAACGCACGUCAUACUUGGCCGUGUAAACUGCAUUGGCAGUGGAGGUGGUGCAGGCGGCGGCCUCGCAGCAAGCAAGAUCCAGAAGGAGAUUACUCGUACAGGUGGCAAGACUGUCAAGUUCAUCAAUGCGGAAUGGUAA